UUUUUUAAGUACGUUGGAUUUAAUAUAAAAUGGACGACGGGUUAUUUCAGUAGAAAUUAUAAAUAGUUUGCUAUAUUACUAAAACAAAUGGCAACGCCAUUUGCGCACUUUUUCAACACUACCUCUUGAUAUCACAUAUGUCUUCCAAUAUUCAUUUUUGGAAUGCAAAGAAAUUUUUGGGUGCUCACUUUACAUUGAAAAGCACUGUAAAAAAGGCUAUCGUAUUUGUAAUUUGUAGUUAUACAAAAAUGUACUGGUGAAAAAAUAAAGAAAAUAAGCCCACAAGAGCUUAAACUAAUAUAUUUUGUGAAAAUUAAUAUCAGAUGAUUAAAAGUUAUAAGCAUUUGCAAACACUUUCCCCAGCAAUAGGAACAGUACAAAGCAGUUGGGAAUAGUUUGCGUUUGUUGCGGCCAUAUUUGUGAGCUCCGAAUUUAGCUUGAGAGUUCGCUUCAAGGGGAGUGGAUCUAGUAGAAUCCUUCAUUGUACAAUCUGCGCAUGCCAAGCGGUCUAAUUUUGUCAGAUCGAAGGACUUUACGGUGUAAAGGAGUUGAAAGGCUCUACUUGCAGAAAAGUGGAAGUGGCAUUUUUUUUUAUAAUAAGGCACCCAGAGAAAGCACAACCGCUUUUCAUUUGUUGGAAGCAUAAUCGAUCCUAAAGACAUGGAUGAACAGGAGGAAGUUCAACAAAAUAUGAUAUCGAAUUUACCGUUAUUGUUCGCCAAUGGCUAUCCAACAUCAUUGGAAAAAAUAACAGAGUCACAACUUGAAAAAUUCAUACCAUUUAUGGUACGUUGUUCGCUUGGUCACAUAAACUUUCAAGAAAAAACAGACUGCAGCGAACCGGAGUGGUGGCCUGAAGAUUUUCCAUUCACCAUACCAUUUACGAAGCCGAAAAAAUUCACUGGCAAUUGGGCGCAAAAAAUGAAGGAAAUAAUUAUAAUAUGCUAUCAAUUUCAUAGAAGCGUUUUUCUGCUUCGUUUCUGCAACGAUUUGGCUGCGUAUGAGCAUGCGAGUCUACGCUUCAUAAACAAUUACAAUUCGACAACUUCGCUCUUUGAACGACGUAGCAAUAAAUUGUUGGUGACGUUUAGAAAUGAAAACAUGUCUUACGAUCAACCUCAACGCAGUCGAAAAUGUUUAAUGCGACAGAAGUCAAAAAGUGGCAAUCAAGACAGAGCGGAUGCCGAACAAAUAAUGGUCGAACCAGCACCAUUCGAUAUUUAUCUAUGCGACAAUUGCGAUGCUGAAUUGUAUUCGAAAGAAGCUAUUUCGGAACAUGAAAAGACUUGUAAUGUGGAGGACGACGAUGACGAUGUCAUUUUAUGUGAUACACCUGAACCUAGCGAAAACAAUGUGCAGUCGACAGAUUCGAAACGAAAUACUGAGGACAAUGAGCUGCGUAAUGGAUUCCUACUUAAUUUUAACCUGCAAUGUCGUGACGAUAGUAAAAAUGGUAAAGUUCCAAGCAAGAGUGAACCGUCAAAUGCGUCGAAGGAAACUAAAGACGAGAAAAGCGGAUUCAUGAUUAUUGAUAAAAAUAAACGUAUGCCACGACGAAAUCGUGCUGUACAUUCGUUAGCACGCUGUGCCACAAUACCGUUGUCAUCGCCUGCUGGACAACUGCUAUUGCGCACUACAAAAACUGCCAUGACACCAGAAUAUUUAACUGAACGACUUGAUCGCUUAGAGCGUUUCUGUUUUGCGCCCUUACUCUCAAAGUCCCAAACGAAACCGAAAUAUUUUGAGAAAAAGCACACAUUCACCAAUACACAUUGUACAUUUAAAAAGCCACAAGACUACAGUUCGCAUGUCUACGUUUUUCCGCGUCGGCAAUUCUCACAACGAAGACGUACGGAAAGUUUUCUAUUCUUAAAUUCUUCACUAAUAAGACGCUGCCGUCCAAUUUCUGUGCGGCUAAAGAAAAUCACCGAUAACGAAGUGAAAACCCGACGCUCAUUACCAAAUACAAAAUUAAAUAUAAAACUAACACGUGAUGCUACACGACGUUCCAAUUGGAAAAUCUCAUCACCAUCUACCGAAAUUAUUGUGGACACAAUUGAUUUAUGCUCAUCGGAUGAAGACGAAUGUCGUAUUAGAAGUAGCGGCGAUUGUAGCAUAAGUAGUGAUAAGAAAACACAUGUUCUACAAAGAUGUAGCGAUCCUGGCACUAGCAUUGAAAUAACACGCAAAACGCUAGCAACAUUCACCAACAAUAAUAUCGCCAGCAAAACCUCAGCGAAAAGUGCACUAACAAUUACUAGUGGCAAUGGUAAAAAGUUAAGUCUCAAAGAAAUUUCAUUAUUUCCCAUACGCAAAUCGACACGUAACAAUGGGCCAACUAAAGGGCCAGAUAAGCCGCCAAUACGUGCUACAACAAUCGCCAGCACACGCGUAUCUUUGACACACACAACAAAUCUAGCUGUGAAUAGUUCCUCAACAGCCGCCACAACCACAGCGCCAACUGCACCGGCCAGCAGGGAUGAGAGUAAAAAAUCUUCCACUAUCGAUAUAAAUGCACUAUUAAAUCCAACACCUACUGCAAUAUACGCCACCGCAAUGGAUAAUGGUAUUACAUUACCAAAACCAUUGCAACCGUCAGUUUAUAUAUUUUCCAAUUAUACCGCUAACGCAUUGACCUCAACAGUGCCAACAAAUAAUGAUAUUACAACAACAACGAACGCUGGUAAUACAUUUAGAAAUCAAAAUCAAGAAAAUCGUGCACAAAACGGUACCACCACAGCUGCGGGCCUUGUUGUCAAACAUCAAAUAGCCAAUAAUAAUAGUGCAACACCAACAUUAACACCCGACUGGUAUCCGGAAUUGAAUGCGUUAGCCACAAGCACCAAUACAAAUUUAAGCAAUACAAAACAAACACACCUGGCGGAACGCGAACGUGCGCGUAGCCUGUCUUUAGUAUCGCCAAGUCGUGUUAUAUCAAUUGAUCUGACCUCUUAAUUUUGUAUGCUAAUAAGUAACUUUUUAUUGCUAUUACAAUAAUUAAUAUGAUUACUAUACAUUUAUACAAAGCUAGUUUAAAUUUAUCUAACUCUCACAUUAAAAUUAUUAUCGGAAGAGUGUUUCAAGACCUAAUCACACACACACAUAUAUAUAUACAUACUUCGGUAGUAUGUACGUACAUAGGGCUAUAUUGCUAUAAAUGUACCAUGUACUAACUAUGCAUAUGCCUGUGCAUUAGGGUGUUCGUUGUUUCCAAGUUGAUUUUUUUUUUUUUUUGGAAAAGACGUGUGCUUUUUCUAAGAUCGCUCUAUCGUGCCUAAAUCGUAAUUCUUUUCCCAUGUACACAUAUAACAUGUAGUUUUUUGCAUCAAACAAGUAAACAGCCUUGAAAAAAAUUAUUUUUUAAAAAAGGUCUUAAUGAUUUUUUCCAUAAAACCAGUCCCAUAAAAGUUAUACGAAGUUGAAAUUAUACAAUACAUCAAAUGCACUGAGGAUCAGUAAUGCAGUAACUGAGUAUUUAUACAGUACACCAUGUCGUAUGAACAACACAAAACUUAUGAAACACUUGUGUGAAUGCUCAGUACAUUUGAUGCAUAACUUUAACUGCGUAUAACUUUUAAGAGACUGGUUUUAUGGAAAAAAUCAUCAAACUCUUUUUUGUAGAGAGAUAGAUUUUGUAUUCGAAUAUCCUCUUUUCAAAGUUAUAGGUAUGUUUGUUUUGGAGCUAAAAAAUGUAUUGCCAAAAUUCAAAAAUUCGCAUGUUAAAUAUAUGGAAUAGCUAAAAUAAUUUAGAAACGAUUUGAAUUGAAAAUAUAGAAAAGAGCUUGUUUAAGCUUCCUUUUUUUUUAAUUUUUUUUAGGACAAAACCGAAAUAUCAGGGGCGUUUGCAAAAAAAAUCAACUUCGGAACUAAAUACAUAUUUAUUUUGGUUAUAAAAAAUUUAUUGCCAAAGAUCAAAAAUCCGCAAGUAAAGUAUAUGGCAAAAGGAAAAUGAUUUAGGCACGGUUUAAAUUGAAAAUAAAGAGCUUUUUCGUGUCGAAUCCUUGUUUUUUUUAGGACUAAAACCGACACUUCAGAGGCGUUUGCACAAAAAAAAACAAUCAACUCAAACACUGAGGAAAUAACGAACACCUUAUUGUGCUAUGUAAAACUAAAACGAACUUAGUUUAGUUACAAACACAAAAAACAACACCAUUGUACUUUUGUUUAAAACUCAUUUAUUUAUUUUUAGUUUAUUAUUUAUUAAUUAAUAGCGUUAAAGCGUAGGAAAAAUAUUUAAAUAACUUAAAAGACUCGACAGGCUCGGAGAUGUGUAGAAACGAUUUUCUGGUUGUAAAAAAUUAGUUAAUUUUUUUUAAAUGAACACACUUGUAAUGGUUGACUGUAAGAAUGCGUCAGCUUUUAUGUUGUUUUUAGUGCUUUCUGGUUAGUUAACAAAUGUACAAAAAGUUUGCAUUGAUCUCGAUUGAUUGAAAUUAUUUAUUUUUAUGAAAUCAUUGUUAUGUUGGAGGUUUUCAAACUAUUAACUUAUUAAUACAUUUUUGAAAGAAAUAUAACACAUAUAUUUUAUAUAUUUUCGAUUUAUUACAUUUAAAAAAUACUAUUUUGGUAAACAGGGCUAAAAUUGCAUAAAACCCGGAACUAACUAAGCUUCUAUAGUUUGUAGUGGCAUUAUCCCCCCAAUCAGUCAGUUGCGUGUACAUUGCAUACAUUUAUAACAAAUAACAUUUUUCAAUUGAUGCACACGGCAGUCAAGAUUCAUUUGUGGAAAAUUUGAAAAUACGAAAAACAACAUAAAAUCUUAACGUUAUUUUUUUCUGGCACACUGUAACAUUAGUUUCGCUCUCCAUUAUAAUAAUUAAAAUGAUUACUUUUAUAGCUAUUAAAAAAAUAUUUUAUACUAUUCUGAAAUUGUUGACAGGUUGAAUGUACCUAAUGUAAAUAUGUACAUAUGUGUAUAUAAUAAUAGUUUUUCUAAAGCAAAAAAUAAACUCAUAUGAUAGCAAUAUAAAAAUAAAUUUAUCGCCAAAUAAUCGUAUCUACUUGUACAGCCAUGAAAAUUAGUAUAAAGCUCAAAUUCUAUAUGAAAUAAAUUACAUUCAAGUAUAAUCUUCAGAUGACAUUAAAAUUUACGUUGUACUCGGAAAUAGUCACACGCACAUUUGCAUCGGCAUAUAAUAAAGAAAUUACGAUUUAUUUUUAAUUUCCUGUUUUUUAAUUUUCUUUUUUUUCUAAUUAUUUCUUUUCCAAAAUUUUAUUUAAAACCAUUUUUUUUAUUGUAUUUCGAAUUUUUUUUUCUGUUUCAUAUUUUUAAUAUUGUUAACAUUUUUUUUUACUUAUUUUCAAAUUUUUUUAUUUUCAAAUAUUGAUAUUUUCAAUUUUUUUUAUUUUUUUAUAUACUUGCAAAAUUUUUGUUUUAUUUUACAUAUUUUAUUUUCUUUCUAAAUUAUUUAUCUUACUAAUUUUAGAAGUCACACAAGAAGUAAGUUAGUCUAUACACCUUAAUAGUGUAUAACAUUUGUUCGUCAUCGAAAAAUGUUAUUGACUAAGCAAUAUUUAAAAAAAAAAAUUUUUUUGUAAUAAAAAAUUUCGUAUUCAUAAAAUAUAUUACAACCAAUAUUGCUUGAUUAAUUAAUGCAUUUGUUUGUACAAUUUUAUAAAAGGGUUACUAUGUUGUUGAUUAAGACUUUUAAGUAUUUUUUAUCAACAAUAAUAAUUUAAAAAAUAUUAACAUUACAAAAAAUUUUAAAAUUGAUUAUUAUAAUAUAUAUAUAUUUUUUGUUUCUUAAAAGCUUAUAAACGCUUACUCUAUGUGAAAAGGGUACGCUCGCACAUUGAGCGCAUGCACAUGUUCUUAUGCGCAUUUUUUUUAUAGAAAACGUGCGUAAAGUGGUGAAUAGUUUAUUUAAUAACUUAUUUAAGCUUAUGCAAUUAAAUUAUAAAUUAGUUAAAGAAAAAAAUAUACUUUUGGCGAUGGUGAUGUAUGCAUGCGCGACUACAUAUGUAAAACCGCUACUGCUCUUUUAUUUACCUUAGAAAAUAUGUAUUCUUUAUUUUAUAGCAUCAGUACCUUGUUACACGCGCGUGUAUAGUAGUUACUUAUUAUCAUACAUUUAAGUUGGGAGCUAUUUAAUUACAUUUUAAAUGAUAAUAUGUUGAUAGAUUAUAUAACACUUAUGCAUACAUAUUAUUUUUGAACCAAGGUGGCAUUAUUUAUAAAUUAUUUUACCAUAAAUUGUUUGAACCGUUGGACUUAAUAUCUUCUGAGCACUGUCUACUUUGGGUUGUUAUUUUCUCCAUAAAGGGUGUGUGAAUAGGCAUUUAAGCUUAAUUUUAAAUUAUUACUAUAGACUUAGUUUAAUAUAUCAUUUUUAUUUAUUUAUUACUAAUUGUUUCAGUAAUAAAAUUAAAAUAUAGUAAAAAAAUCGGUUAUAAAUCCUCAAAUUCAUUUCAAAGCAACAUUGUAAAUGUACUUUUUCUUUUUAAAAUUUUCCUUUCUACUAAAAAUGCUAUGUACCCAAAUGUGUAGGUAUAAAUUAUAUAUAUAAGUAAAAUUUAUGUAUGUAACUCACUACAACAUAACUUUUAAGAAAUAUACUUUAUUUCGAAAUAAUUUAUAAUGUAGUAAACUAAUUUACAUUAUCCAAAUGAUAAAAAUAUAGUUAUCAAAAAAACCUCAUGCAGUGAAAUUUAAAUUGAUUUGAGUUUUCAAAUUUUGAAUUUGAAUCGUUAAUUUGUGAAAUACUAAAUAAAUACGUUUUUAUAGCUAUGACUAAGAAAUAUUUAGUGGUAAAAUGCCUGUAUACAGUGGAAACUAAAUAAAGUGCGUACUGAUUCUUUAAACUAA